UGUCAAAAGUUAUGUUUUGUUGGUUUGGUGGAAGUUCUAUGAAUAACUUUUUUCAUGAAUAAUUUUGUGACGAUAAUUGAAUGCAUCUCAAAAAAGGUUUAUUUUGGGAACAUUUACGUAACUGAUUAGUGAUUUGUACGCAAAUAUUGCAAAAGCGAUAUCUGGGCCAAUCAAUACUUCUUGACCUGCCCAAAGCAUUUUAGCAGUAAUAACAGUGAGGAAACUCUUGUAAAAAAUAAAGAAUUGCAGAUUCGUGAAUGGCCGUCCACUUCCAGAUAAGUCCCAGAGGAAUGUUUCAGUUAAACCAUGUCUUAUACUGAACUGGAGCAUGGUUAUCAGGGUCUUCGAAAAGCAGCAAGACCCACUCAGUUUUACGUUGGAGCGGUGAGUUUAUGUUAAUUUUACGAGCAAGCGUUGCUAGAAUUUGGUAUAACGCACAAUUUUUAUUUAGUCGUUUCUUUGGUUUCCAUGAAUUGUGAGCAAAUUAAGACGUUCCGGGGGCAGAUUAUUCCUUCUGUUCUUGUUGAGGAUGUCGACAGCCCACUGCUUACAACCUCUUUUUGGGUAUUAUUUUGCAUGCACUGGCUUAACAUCACACAUUGCCCGCUUUUGUUGCUACUAAAUCUUGCCCUAACACAGCAUAAGCUGCUUUAUUGUGUAAAUAUUUGUCUCACAAUUACAACAUUGAGGCGCUCUUUUUGAUCAAAGGUUGGGGACCGUUUCCUUAUCAAAUAAUUACGAUUUAAUUGAUCGUGAAAUGUGGCCAAACACCUUUAUCGCGAUUACAAGUGAUUUCAAGAGCAGAUAAAUAUUUGUUGCAAAACAUUUCACUCAAUUUAUUAGUUUCAUGUAACCUUGGAUGAAUUGUUUGCUAAAUUAAUUUCAGCACCACGUACUAGUUAACACUCACUUAGUUUGAUAACAUAGUAAUGGAACCUUUGUGGUUUGUAGAAUAGUUAAUGGCUUUUAAAUGUGAUGAGUAAAAAAAUGGAGUGGACUUGGUUAAAAGAUUGGUGGCGUUUGAAGCGAUGGAGAAAAAAUAAAACCAACAGUGAAGAUAGUGUUUGCUUUUGCGACGAAUGUUUACAAGAAGCCGAAAAUGGGGACCUAGAGCUAUGCGAUCCGGGCGAUCCGUCCCUAAGCCCCCAAGAAUUGGACGAUGGGGGCAAAGUCGUCAUAGUCGGGGUUUGUGCCAUGGCGAAAAAGUCACAAAGCAAGCCAAUGAAGGAAAUUUUAACUCGGUUACAAGAAUUUGAAUACAUUAAAGUGACUGUUUUUCCCGAAGAGAUUAUUUUACAAAAACCUGUUGAAGAGUGGCCUGUUUGCGAUUGUUUAAUAUCAUUUCAUUCCAAAGGUUUUCCCCUAGAAAAGGCCAUCCAAUAUGCCCAAUUACAUAAUCCUUACGUCAUUAACAAUUUACACAUGCAAUACGAUAUUCAAGAUCGGAGAAAAGUUUACGCGAUUUUGCAAAACGAAGGUAUCGAAAUACCACGUUAUGCCGUUUUGGAUAGGGAUAGUUCAGAUCCAAAACAUCAUGAAUUAGUAGAAUCCGAGGACCAUGUCGAAGUCAAUGGAGUUGUCUUCAAUAAGCCCUUCGUGGAAAAGCCAGUCUCGGCCGAGGACCACAACAUUUACAUUUAUUACCCCACAUCUGCUGGCGGUGGCAGUCAGAGACUAUUCCGAAAGCGUUUGUAUUAUUCCCAGAUCGGCAGCAGGAGUAGCGUUUAUUCACCGGAAUCCAGGGUACGCAAGACUGGUAGUUUUAUUUAUGAAGACUUCAUGCCGACGGACGGCACUGACGUUAAAGUCUACACUGUGGGCCCCGACUAUGCCCACGCUGAAGCCCGCAAGUCGCCGGCCCUCGACGGCAAGGUCGAGCGCGACCGCGAAGGCAAAGAAAUCCGCUACCCAGUGAUACUCAGCAACGCCGAAAAACUGAUUUCUCGAAAAGUGUGUCUAGCUUUUAAGCAAGCCGUUUGUGGUUUCGAUCUCUUGAGAGCCAACGGCAAAUCGUUCGUGUGUGAUGUGAACGGUUUCAGUUUUGUCAAAAACUCAAACAAGUACUACGACGACUGUGCCAAAAUAUUGGGAAACAUGAUCCUGCGAGAGCUUGCCCCCACUUUGCAUAUCCCGUGGUCGGUGCCGUUCCAGUUGGACGACCCCCCGAUUGUCCCCACGACCUUCGGGAAGAUGAUGGAGUUGCGGUGUGUGGUGGCUGUGAUAAGACACGGCGAUCGGACACCUAAACAAAAAAUGAAAGUUGAAGUUAGGCAUCCAAAGUUUUUUGAAAUUUUUGAAAAAUACGAUGGGUACAAGCAUGGCCAUGUCAAGCUCAAGCGCCCCAAACAAUUGCAGGAGAUUCUGGACACGGCGAGGUCGCUACUCGCUGAAAUUCAGCAACACGAAGCUGACCCCGAAAUCGAGGAAAAACAGGGGAAAUUGGAGCAGUUGAAGGGGGUCCUGGAAAUGUAUGGACACUUUUCUGGGAUUAAUAGAAAAGUCCAGAUGAAGUAUCAACCGAAAGGCCGUCCCAGAGGCUCGAGUUCUGACGAUGUAGAUAAACCUGCCGAACCGUCAUUGGUGUUGAUCCUGAAAUGGGGUGGUGAGUUGACUCCUGCUGGCAGGAUCCAGGCCGAGGAGCUAGGAAGGAUUUUCCGAUGCAUGUAUCCGGGGGGACAAGGUAGACAUUUAGCCGGUGAAUAUGCCGGAGCCCAAGGCUUGGGUUUGCUACGCUUACAUUCGACGUUUCGUCACGAUUUAAAAAUCUAUGCUUCUGACGAAGGUCGUGUUCAAAUGACUGCUGCAGCCUUUGCCAAAGGUCUGCUAGCUCUAGAAGGAGAACUGACACCGAUUUUAGUACAAAUGGUCAAGAGUGCAAAUACUAACGGUUUAUUAGACAACGAUUGUGAUAGUAGUAAAUAUCAAAACAUGUGCAAGGCACGCCUUCAUGAGCUAAUGCAACUCGAUCGGGAUUUUACUCCUGAAGAUAGAGAAAAAAUCAAUCCUUGUAAUUCUUCAAGUAUUACCGAUGCUUUAGAUUUUGUGAAAAAUCCGGUCAAGUGUUGUAAACACGUGCAUGAGUUGAUAAAGUCGCUAAUGGAGAUAGUUCAAGUGAAGAAAGAGGAUGCGAAAACAAAAGAUGCCAUUUUAUAUCACGGUGAGACUUGGGAAUUGAUGGGGCGUCGAUGGGGCAAAAUCGAGAAAGAUUUCUACACGAAAAAUAAAAUUUUCGAUAUAAGCAAAAUCCCCGACAUUUAUGAUUGCAUCAAAUACGAUUUGCAACACAACCAACACACUUUACAAUUCGAACAAGCUGAAGAACUGUACAUUUAUGCGAAAUACUUGGCCGAUAUUGUGAUACCUCAAGAGUACGGUUUGACAGCGCAAGAAAAAUUGACUAUCGGUCAGGGGAUUUGCACUCCACUUUUGAAGAAAAUCCGGGCUGAUCUUCAACGCAAUAUUGAAGAAUUGGGCGAAGAAACUGUCAAUCGACUCAAUCCGCGAUACUCCCACGGCGUGUCAAGCCCCGGAAGACACGUCCGGACUCGGCUUUAUUUCACCAGUGAAAGCCACGUUCACUCGCUCAUUACGGUCUUACGCCAUGGCGGUUUAUUGGAUAUUAAACGGGACGAGCAGUGGCGGCGUGCAAUGGAAUAUGUAUCAAUGGUUUCCGAAUUGAAUUACAUGUCUCAAGUUGUCGUCAUGUUGUACGAAGACCCGACUAAAGAUCCCUGUAGUGAGGAAAGAUUCCACGUUGAAUUGCAUUUUAGUCCAGGGGUGAACUGUUGCGUCCAGAAAAAUCUACCUCCGGGGCCUGGUUUUCGGCCACAUUCGAGGAAUGAAUCAACGGCGAGUAAAAAUCCUAGUUCAGAUACUUCAGCCACUGCAACUCCUGAUGAUUCCAAGGGCCAAUGCUCGGCCCGAAUUGAGGAAGAAGAAGAACGGAUUGAAGAAGAGAAGCCUGCGAUUGUCGAAGCGCCUAGUGCUAUGGAACUGUCUCCGGAAACGUCACCGGAAAAACCGUACUAUCGACAGUACGUCAAGUCAAGUGAUCCCAUCCCAAUAGGAAGUUCUCACACGGUAAGCGGUCAUGAAGCAAUGCAUCUAGCCCAACGUUUGAACGAGGAAUUGGCCCAACAGAGUAGCAGGAGCUACGGCAUAAAUCGAGCCAUAAGUCCGGAACCAGAAGCCAGAUCGAGGAGCUACGACCACAAAAGUCCGCAAAAAGGGAAAGAAUCGCCCCAUAACGAUACAGACUCGUCUAUAACACCCACAAAUGUCCCUGUUACACCACCUAUUGAGAUUCCUGUACGUACCGUCGACCCAAACAUACCACUAGACUCUUGUCCCUAUUCGUUCAAACCGAUUUCGCAAGACAAAUCGGACCUUAGUCCGAUUUCUGGAUCGUUUGAAGCCGAUUAUAGAAGUGAUUUAGAUUCACCACUAACACUCAAAUCCCCAGAAGAGACUCCAAAAUCGCGCCCCGAGAGCGCUACCAACGAAUUACCUUUAACUGAAUUGAAUUUAGCUCUCUUUACUUCGGAACAAGAAACUCUGAACUCGUCCAAAAUGAGCACAAACGAGUUACCUCUUUCCGAUAUUAAAUUGAGUAAACAAAACACAGUCGACAGUCAGUUAGACGAUGUUUCUCUUGAAGUAAACUGGGAAGGUGAUGAUUCGGGUCAGACAAAUGUCAAAAGUUUCACCCAAGAAAAGCGUCACCGGUCAUUUUCCGACCCUAAUAUCCUAGAUGGCGAAAAAUUGUUUCUCUUAGAAAAGUACAGUGAGAGUCUUAAUUGUGACGGUACGUCCAGGAGUCCCUCUUGUUUGACCCCUGGCGAGACUCCUCGUAUCCCGUUCAGUUUUUACCCCCAGCACGCGCCCCCUUGUUCGCUGUGUUGUACGCCGUUCACCCGCUCCCCGUCGUACCUGUUGUCGUUCUUUUCUUCGCCCCCUCGCGCCUCUCGCUCACUAUCUAACCCCAGUCCCGGCGUGUCUGUGAACCACCCGUGCAUGUCCGAUACAGAGUGCAACAACGCAACAGUCAGACGCCACCGUCACAGUAUUGCCGGACAGAUGAGCUAUUACAAGAUGCUAGGGUUCGGUUGUGGAGGACCUCUAGGUUUCAAGAAGUUGGCGGCGGGAAGCGGCAACUCCCUGUUCUCGACGGCGGUGAUCUCUGGAAGCAGCAGCGCCCCGAAUUUGCGAGACAUGAUCCCGAGCACGGCGAGUGCGUCUGCUAUUGAAGGUUUCGGAGGAGUGCCCCCCAUUCGGCCCCUGGAGACGCUCCACAACGCGCUCUCGUUGAAACAAAUCGACACGUUUCUGGAGCAUAUGACGGCGGCGCCGCUGUUUAGGACGCCGUCGUCGACGCCGCCGAAAUACCCCUCUACGCCCUUGCCCACGCCCACCAAUGGGGGGGCCACAGUGGCGGCCAACGUAAAAUUGCAAUCGCCCAGCAAUAGUGUGGGGUGGAGCGGGCCGCCCAGUUUUGUCUCAAGUAGCGGGCCCUCGUCACCGGGGGCUUCCGAAAAUUCCAAAGAGAGUAGCGAAAUGUCGUCCAGUAUCAUCAGCAGUGAUGGGAUAAAUGUCGACAAUUUUACAAAAAUUUUCCCAACGGCUCCUGGCUUGGAUCAGGAUUUGGGAAAUGUUGGGAUCUUGUUAGACCUCGACCGGGAGAUUUCCGGAUCGAUGGAAUUCUCAGAAUAUUACUCCCAACUUCAUAGACCUCCACAAGGGGAAAGUGGGGACGUAACUCCGGUUUCCGGCGGGUCGGAAGUUGAAUUUAACACAAAUGAUGCAACUGCGGGAUCAACAGCAGAUUGUGACGUCACAGUUACAGAAGAUAUUGAUUCUUGUUUCUUAGGAGAUGACGAUGUUAUCGAUAAGAAUCCGUUACCUGGUAUGAUAACAAGUUUGACAGAAAAUAAUUUAGUAUGUCAAGGUAUCACAACUCCUAAAGUAAUUUCGCCACUGAACACCAACGUCAGUAUUUACACAAAUGUGCUACAUCCGUCGAAUUCAGACAGUUUUACUCUAAAACACAUCGAAAAUUCCGAGAGGUUGCAAACGUCCACCAAUCGAAUAUUCAACGAUUUCGACAAAGGCAAAGAUUUGAAAAACUUGACCAAAAAAUCAAACAUCUACGACAAAGACAUUCCAAGUUCAAGCAAAAACAUAUCCGGUUUAGGUUCCGACAAAUGGUGCACAAGCAAAGAAAAAUUCCUCGACAGUAUCCCCCUAAAACCUGGAACUCCCGAGAAGAAGCCUGACCAGAAACCAAACCCGGGCACAGUUGUUGUGAAAGAGCACUACAUAGAGCCCCCUAGAAUGACCCGAGUUUCGAGGAGUUUCCACGGAAAGUCUCCCACCAGUAGCAGUUACCUCGACAUAUCAAACGCUGUUCCUCGACGGGCCAGCGAAGGAGUGCCCCUAACCAGUCGAAACCUAAAUUUGCAACCUGAAACCUUAAAGCAAGACUUGCAAAACUCGGACAAUAGCGCUAGACGAAAAAGUAAAAUGAAAACGCCUCGUCCACAGUUCAUUACGCAACUGUCCCAACCUUGUGGCAGCACAUUGCAGUCCCCCAAUGUAGUCUUAAGGAAAACUUCUCUUUGUGAUGUAAGUGUGAGCAAAAAGAGGUUUACCACGACUUUGGUUGAUGAAGCCGAACACGCCGCAUCGGUGGGAAUUAGUGUGAGGCCUGGAGGAUGUGAUAAACAAGAGGAUGAGGACAGUGUGUCUAAUAAAAAAUUCUAUUUUAGGAGUUUCAGUAGUGAUAAAAAUGAUAAUAAAUAGGUGUUAUAUAAUUUGGGAUUGUUAUUGGACUGAAGGUAUUGUUCCAAAUAAAGUUUUUUAACGUUU